AUGGCCAAACAACACGGAGGAUAUGAGAAAGUUGGUUGCUUGGAGAAAGAUGUUAGAAAUUAUUUAGAUAAGGACCGUUGUUUGAAUUUAGAAUCAGGAGAUGCAAAUGCAAUGCUGGAGUAUUUUAUGCGUAUGCAAGAAGAAAAUUCAAGAUUCUUUUAUGCAUUUGAUUUGGAUGAUGAUGGUCAUGUAAAAAAUGUAUUUUGGGUGGAUGGAAAGGGUAGAGAUGAUUAUAAAGUGUUUGGAGAUGUGAUUUCCUUUGAUACUACAUAUAUCACAAACAAAUAUAAAAUACCAUUUGCUCCAUUCAUUGGUGUGAAUAAUCACUUUCAGUCAAGAUUAAUCGGUUGUGCAUUACUAGCAAAUGAGACCUCUGAGAGUUUCGAAUGGUUGAUGAAAACAUGGCUUAAGGCAAUAUGUGGGAAACCUCCAAAUCCAAUGAUAACUUACCAAGACAGAGCAAUGAAAGUGGCUAUUGAAGAGGUAUUUCCAAAUACCCGACAUCGUUUUUGUCUUUGGCAUAUACUUAGAAAGGUGCCUGAGAAGCUUGGUCAUGUAAUAAGAAAUAAUGAAGAUUUCAUGGGAUAUUUUGACGCAUGCAUAUACAAGUCUCUGUCAAUACAACAGUUUGAAGUUAAUUGGGCAGAAAUGAUACCUUUUUCGCUGGCAUGUCAACAACUCAAAGAUUAG